AUGGCAGCACGCGUGUGUAUAUUGCUAUUGGUUUUAAACGCGGUUUCUGGGCAAAGAAAUGAAGGUAUAAUUGAUCAUUUGAGUAAUGGGAUGAAGUUUGCGAAGGAUUUUCUUGGUUCAGAGUCAAUAGCACUGAAAGUCGCUGAAUUCGUCGUUCGUGCAUUUCAAAACGCCAACUCUCCACAAAUCAACCGACGCAAGCCCAUAGAUGGUUAUGAAGAUGAAGCAGAAAACUUUGCGCAGGAAAAUAGGCCUUAUUCUCAUGUCGAAGAAGCUCCGAGUCCAAUGGCGCCGUUGAAGAAUCUGGUGAGGCUGUUUGGACUGCAGCCUAAUCAGAUUAGUGCGGUGGCUGUGAAUGCUUUGGUUUUUGUUGCUCAAAUGAUAUCAACCUUCCUCGCCGGCCCAAAAAGGUCUAACCGGCCGUACCGCUUCGACGACACCACUCAAUGGAUCCUGAACAAGAACUCCCGAAAACUGCAGGACAUCCUCGCGACAGCCAAGAACCAAUCCCUCCCUGACUUACUCGAAGACAUAGUUGCAGAGCAAAGCCAGGACGAAGAAGCUAGUUGUAUUAAACUCCUCGUCUGUAAAAUAACUCCAUUUGUCACAAAAAUGCAGACCGCUGUAUUUGGAGAAAGCAAAACGGACGACGCGAAUAAUAUUCUAGGCGCAGAUAGUAUGUACCGCCAUCUACCGACGAGUAAUGAGAUUGAGGAUCGCAGCGCCAUCUGUGAGCAGAAGCAUCGAGACUGCAAUCUAAAUGAAUGAGCGGGAUGUUUACAUCAUUUAAAGCAAAAUACAAAAGUUUGUGUUGAAGUUUAGCACUUUUGUGUUGUUAAGACAAGUAAUAGUAUUGUAGAAAAUUUUACAUAUUUAGUAGGUAGUGUAAUACAAAAUUACAAGUAUGUCUUAGGUAUGCUUAGGUAUGCUUAUAUUAAUAAUUUCUGACAAAAUGUUUGUUUGUUAACUAAACUAAGUCGGCAUGGCGAUUUUGAUA